AUGGCUUCAAUCACACCGUUCAAGAUUUCCAUCUCAGACGAGAAGAUUAAGCGCCUGCAGCAAAAGCUAGCAUUAACAGACCUGCCCUCCGAAGUCCCCGAGCUUACUAACCCUUGGGCUCGUGGUGUGCCUCUCUCGGAAAUCAAACGAUUGACUCUCCAUUGGCAGCAUAAUUUUAAUUGGCGGGCUGUUGAAACGAAGCUCAACGAGCUCCCGCAAUACACUGCUAAUAUUGAGGUUGAAGACUUUGGUAAAUAUGACGUCCAUUUCGUGCACCAGAGAAGUCAAGUCACUACGGAUGCUAUCCCGCUUCUCGUCUUGCAUGGCUGGCCUUCGAGCUUUCUCCAGGUUAGAGAUAUGCUGCCUAUUUUGGUUGACGGAGGCACGGAUGGCCCUGCAUUUCAUGUAGUAGCACCUAGUUUGAUUGACUUUGGGUUCUCGUCUGCAAGCAACAAAAAAGGGUUCAAUGUCGAGCACCAUGCUGAAGCAUACCAUAAAGUAAUGCUCGCUCUUGGAUACAAUGAAUAUGUGGUUCAAGCAGGCGACCUCGGAUAUCUAGUCACCCGGUUUAUCGCUCUCAAAUACGGCUCAAAGCAUUGCAAAGCAUAUCACCUCAACAACGCCGCGCCCGCUGAACCAAAGCAACCUUCUCCUCUCGACGAUGCAGAUCUCGCAGGUCUCGCACGUACUAAGGAAUUUUCAACCCGCGGAAACGCAUACUUUCUUCUGCAAUCCACCAAACCACAAACACUGGCUUAUAGUCUGACUGAUAGCCCUGUCGGGCUCCUGGCCUGGAUCUACGAGAAACUCGUCGACUGGAGUGAUGGCUACACUUGGAGUGACGAUGACAUCUUGACAUGGGUCAGCAUCUACUAUUUCUCUCGGGCCGGCCCGGCAGCGUCCUUGAAUAUAUAUUACGAAAACGAGCAACAGGCUCCGACUGCGUUUGAGAAGGCUAAAGAAUGGAGUGAUGUCCCGCUGGGUGUAGCUAGGUUUGAGAAGGAUUUGGUCCUCCUACCCAAGGCAUGGAACGCGACGUUAGGGCCUGUAGUUUUGGAAAUGGACAGACUCCGUCCGCGCUCACUCGAGUCGCUCACAUACCACUCAGACCUCUCUGCCCGGUUGAAGUCUUUGGCUCAAAGCGGCGAUUUCCCCCAUUUGCUAGUUUACGGACCCUCUGGCGCAGGAAAAAAGACGCGGAUUAUUGCGACCCUGAAGGAGCUAUACGGACCUGGUGUGGAGAAGAUCAAAGUCGAUGCACGAGUAUUCCAAACGACGAGCAACCGCAAGCUGGAAUUCAACAUCGUCGCAUCCGUGUACCACCUGGAGAUUACACCCUCGGACGUUGGAACCUAUGACCGUGUGGUCGUCCAGGAGCUGCUGAAGGAGGUUGCGCAGACACAGCAAGUGGACCAAUCCGCAAAGCAGCGAUUCAAAGUGGUGGUGAUCAAUGAAGCCGAUCAUUUAACGCGAGAUGCCCAAGCUGCCUUGCGCCGCACAAUGGAAAAAUACAGCCCGAAUCUAAGGUUGAUUCUGUUGGCAAACAGCACCUCAAACAUCAUCGCCCCGAUCCGCUCGCGAACCCUGCUGGUCAGAGUUGCUGCCCCUUCAGAGCUCGACAUCUGCAAUGUUCUCCGCAGUGCGGCUGAAAAGGAGAAUUGGACUGUUUCUGAGCAUUUGAACCAGAGAAUCGCCAAAGAGAGCGCAAGGAAUCUACGUAGGGCCUUGCUCAUGUUUGAAGCGAUCUAUGCCCAAAAUGAGAAAGUGUCUGACGCAACCCCCAUACCGCCUCCUGAUUGGGAAGCUCUCAUAUCGGUCAUUGCCGAUGAAAUCCUUGCAGAGCGCUCGCCCGCACGAAUUUUACAAGUUCGAGAACGACUUUACGAUUUACUAACCCAUUGCAUUCCACCCACCACCAUUCUUAAGACACUCACAUUCAAACUCAUCACAAAAGUGGAUGACGCCUUGAAACCAGAAGUCAUCAAAUGGUCCGCCUUCUACGAACACAGAAUCAAACUAGGCAGUAAAGUCAUUUUUCACCUUGAAGCCUUUGUCGCCAAGUUUAUGCGCAUCUAUGAAGGGUACUUGAUGGGCAUGGAUUUUUGA